AUGGCGGAGACGCCUCCACAACCCCCAAUCAUACAAGCGCUUGACGACAAUCCAAACGUUGGAGUUGCACGUCAUCAAGACGUUGUGUGCGCACUCGACCAUGUGCCGGAGCCUUGGACACCAAGCCAAAAUUCUGCUGUCGUCGGAGAAUCACAACUCAGUGCUGUUGAUGUUGCGCGUGAAUAUCUGCUUGAGGUUGCGGAAGCAUACGAGAUUCCAAAGAGCUUUCUAAGGAAAGACAGUGCACAACUUGCUGCAGGGGAUGGGUUGCGUGAUAGUCCUCCUGCCCUGGAGGCAAGGGAGGAACGAUUUCGAUUCAACAGCACGGCAAUCUCUUAUCAACAAACCUUGCUCGGACUCCCUGUCUGGGGCGCUGAAAUUAGUGUCACCUUGAAUGAGGACCAGAAGGUUAUAAAUUCUGUCAGCAGUGUCCAGCCACACGCCACACAGCCAAGGAUGCCUGGAGACAACGCCAAAUAUCUGAAGAGUAUUGAAGUUGAGAGUCUCCGCGAGGUACUAGCUCUCCGACCAGGCGAAGGCCAGAUCACCAUUAACCAGCAAAGCCUCCUGGUCUAUCAGUACCGCAAGGAUAAUAGACAAAUACUGGCUAGAGACCAAGGACCGUCUGAUGAAGCACACCAUCAGGUUCCAACAUUAAUCUUGAACCAAGUGCCGGAUAGCAUCCAAGAUGAAAGAUACUAUGUUGUGAGGGAAGUGCUUUUCAGUUACCCACCGCCUGGAUUCGGUACCCUCCAUUGGCGAACCUUCGUGGAAGUGGAGACAGGGGUAGUGCUCUAUUUGCGAGCCCUCACUACGGGCAUCAGUAACCCAGUCAAUGGCUCACUCUUCACUGUUGAUCCAAUCACACGGACAGGAAGCUCCGCGCCUUUGCCAACAGGCCAAAUUGACAAGUUGAAUCUUCUCCGUCAAAAAAUCCUACUUUCUCGUAUCAAAGUAACAAGCCCUCAGGCUCUUCGAGGUGACUAUGCCGAAAUCAAACAUUCUAAUCCACCCGAUAUCCUUGUUCCAACCAGUUCCAAUAAUGAGUUUGACGGGGAUGUCGAGUCAGAUACAUUUGCUGCAGUAAAUGGCUAUUAUCACAUUACAAGAUUAUUCGAACUUGUGGACGAAUUGGGCAUCGGCGUCAGUACAUUGUUUCAAAAUACAACUCUUCCAGUACCUGUGGACCACCGAGGCCUGAACGACGACGUCAAUGCCCAAGCUCCCGGAAAUACACUGGGAAACGGCUCGGGAGGAUUCCUUUUUGGCCGUGCUGCCCAGAACUCAAAAAUUGGCAUUGCAGCAGAUUUUCGUGUUACGGCACACGAAUUUGGUCAUGCUUUAUUGUGGAAUGCGGUGAGAAGCCCUAACUUUGGUUUCGCGCACAGCCCUGGGGACUCUAUAGCUGUCAUAUCUUGUGAUCCUGGAAGCCAAGCACCUGAUCGAUUCGACACCUUUCCAUGGAGCCCGAUCCGCCGGAGCCAUGGUCGAAAAAUUGCGGACGGUUGGGCUUGGGGCGGAGCGAAGUUCAUACAGGACACCUUUUUUGGGUAUGAACGCGAGCAAAUUCUUUCCACCAGCUUAUUUCGCCUCUAUCAAGCCAUCGGAGGGGACGCAUUAGGUAACAUCACAAAGCAAACUUGGGCGUCUAAAUACACAUUGUACCUUAUUUUGGGUGGAAUUGCUCAACUCACUCAAAAGUCGCCGGUACCUGAUACAUACGUGUCAUUCAUGAUAAAUGCAGAUAAAGGGAAAAUCCUCGGCUACCCUGCAGGAGCGGUUCGAAAAAUUAUUAGGUGGGCCUUUGAGAAGCAAGGAUUAUUCCAACCUGUAUCAGCUCCUUCGCCGGUGCAAAAGGAAGGAGCCCCUCCCCAAGUGGAUGUGUACAUCGACGACGGACGCAAAGGAGAAUAUAACUACGUUGCGGACUUCAACAACGCCCCGGGGAUUUGGAACCGACAGAAAGGUGACGGCGUGCAGGUCCAUCAGACACCUGUGAUCUCCACUACCAAUUUCGUCUAUGUUACUAUUCAAAAUCGAGGUGCGCAAGCAGCGCAAGGGAUUCAGGUGAAAGCGUACGUAUCAACAGUCGAGAAAGCCCAAAAAUGGGAUGCCCAACAUACAGAUUUCGCUGAGCUCACUUUGACCACACCUGACAACAUACCCGCCCUCGCUGCCGGUGGUAGUCUCAACGUCGGCCCUUUCAAGUGGACUCCAGAUCAAAAGUUCGCAAAGCAUACGCUCCUCGUGUCCGUCAGUGCGCAGAGUGACUUGUCCAACGUGGAUCCAAAUUCGAACUUGGAAUGCGCGAAAGGACCGAUUGAUCUGGACAAACUCGUUCCAUUCGAUAAUAAUUUGGCAAUGCGCACAGUCUGA